CCCUGCGUCUUUAUCUACAACUUUUUGUCCUUGUUGCUUUGCAGCCAUAUCGUCUUUCUUCCUUCUUCGAUAGCCUCUUUCACUUGUUAUAUAUUUGUUAAAUCUAUUCAUUAAUGUCUUCUUCUUCUUCAUCAUCGUCUGGCAAUGGUGGAAAUGGGAAUGGGAGUGGCAGAGGGAAUGGUAGCGGAGGUAAUUAUGGUGCAGGAGGGGGAGAAUACGAAGGUCCAUCAAGGUCCCGUCCACGUGCCAUAAACGAGGUCUGGCCUGAGCCUUUUCUAGAGGCUCUAGCUGCCCAGGUCGCCAUUGAUGCUUCUCGCAUUUUUGGCCGCCUUGCCGCAGCUCAAGCUCUUGCUAAUGUGUUUCAGGUAUCUUCCACGUGGCGAGCCGUCUCGCGCUCCGAUCUCCUAUGGCACCGUCUCGCUCGCUGUAUCUGGGGCCGCACUCAACUCCUCCACGAUUCGUGGCGUGAGGAGUACAUUUACCGCCAUCGCACGGCUAGGAACUUCCGCAACGGUACAUCAUCCCAUUUUAUUCUUCACUUCGAUCCUACUGAUGUCGAGGACCCAAACGAUCCCGACGCUCUGACGUGCCUCUGCCUUGCUCUCUCUGAUCACCACCUUGCUUGUGGCUUCGCUGAUGGUGCCGUUCGACUGUUCGACCUCCACACUCGUCUUCACAGGCGCACCUACCUCCCCCAGCACCGCGACCGCCUGGGCCGCUUCUCCCGCGCUCUCUCAGGCAUCAUCAUUAAUGAUGCGCACUUGGUUUUUGCUACAUUAGAUGGCGACAUCCACGUGGCAAUUAUACACAGCAAUGAGGCCCCACGUAGGGUCCACUUUGGUGACGUGGUGAGGGAUGGAGUGUUGGUGGACUUCACUGGUCGUGGGCAAUGGUGGGUGGGCCUCCAUGCUGGAGUUCCGGGCCGGGCAUUUCACAUAUGGGAUAGCAACACCGAGCAACUCAUCUACGUUGGCGGGUUGCUGACGGAUCCGGACUCGGUGAGGGCUUGGCACACAUUAACAGAGUUGACCGAGUUAAUAGGGCGAGUGAGGAUUACGAAACAUGAAUCGGUGGUGGCAUGCACGAGUCAGAGGCUGAUGGUUAUUGAUCUAAGGAACCCAGAGGUAAUAUUGCAUGAGGAGGAGUCCAGGAGAGGAAUCAUAGUUGGGUGUUUCGAUGUGUGGAAUGAUGCUUUUGUAGUGGUGGAUAGCAGAGGCCUGGGUAUCGUGCGCAGGGUGAACACAUUACAGGAGGUGUGCAGGUUUAACGUGAGGCCACAGAGGGGGGCGAUGGGGUGCAUUAACGGAGGUUACGCACUAAUGUGCGCAGGGGGAGUAAUUAGGGUAUGGGAAAUAGAGGAGCACGAAGGAGGAGAUAUAGGGGAAUUACGAGAGUAUUUGUACAACUUGAGGGAGCGAAUAGGAGAUGUCAACGCUCUAGUGGCAGACGAUAGACACGUGGCAGCGUCAUCAAGUGAGGGGUCUAUACACGUAUGGGAUUUUGGGGCACAGGAGGUAUAGAGCUGUAGGGUAGGGGAGGCAGCGUAUUAGGCAGUUGGGUUUGUUGCAGAAUGGUAUAGUUAGGGCCGGACGCUAAGAAUAACUGACAUUAGGAAAGACAGUUUGACAAAGAGAGCUGUGUCACAGUCUCUCUCUCUCUCUCUCUCUCUCUCUCUGUGUUUAUGUUCAAAGAUGGUGAU